UGAACCCCACCCGUAGAUCCUCUACCGAUCCUUGCGAUAACAACAUUCUCAGACGCCUCAGCACCCCUCGAUCAUGGCAGAAGCCAAGUUGUACGCAGGAAGUUGCCACUGUGGCCAAGUCAAGUACUCCUUUUCCUUAUCGCCACCGAUUGAGGAACAGGAGGUCGUCCAGUGUAACUGCUCCAUUUGCCGUAUUAAUGGCUAUUUACUUGUUUAUCCGAAAAUUGACGAUUUUGAGUUUCCGAGGGAGGAUACUGUCAAGGCUUAUCGCUUUGCGUCAGAGCAGGUCCCCCAUUAUUUCUGUACGAAUUGUGGGACCAGUCUUUAUGCAAGAAGUACUAUUCCGCGUUUCAGUCAUAUUGUGGCGCUGAAUGUACGCACCAUUCCCGAUGUUGAGAUUGAAUCUUUGAAGAUUAAGAAAAUGGACGGAAAGAGUAUCAAGUUUGAGAAGCAGAGUUGAUUUCUGAGACGGUGAUGGCUUCAAUGAGACUAGCAAUAUAAUAUAUAAGUAGAUGGGUGGGAGGUGUUGAAUGCUGUUUAGGAUUAGUGUUGUGUACAUUCCUGGUUAUAUAUUCUUGCAUAUUGUCGACUCAGUUGGAUAUUCAGGAGUUUUGCUUGAUGGAGGUGCCAUGGUAAAAGUACGUAUAUAUUUUAGUCAAUAUGAACUUUAU